AUGGACCUCGCGUCGGCGGCCGCGAUCGUCAAUUCGGCCAAUGCCAAGGGAAGAGAAACAGUCAAAGUCGUCGUGCGCUGCCGACCGCUCUUUGGCAAGGAGAUCACCGAGGGCCGGCAGUCGAUAGUGACCAUGGACGUGGCCGCCGCGGUCGUUUCCAUCAAGUGCCCCGACAGCGACGCGUUAAAGAGUUUUACGUUCGACUCGGUCUACGACGAGCACACGGUGCAGCGACAAUUCUAUGACGAGUCGGGCUACCCGCUGGUUGAAAGUGUCUUUGAGGGCUACAACGGCACCAUCUUUGCGUACGGCCAAACGGGCUGCGGCAAGACGCACACGAUGCAAGGCAAGGACAGUCCCCCCGAACUCCGCGGCGUCAUUCCCCACGCAUUUGACCAUGUCUUCGAAAACAUUGGCGCCGACACGGAGCGCGAGUACAUGGUCCGCGCCACGUACCUCGAGAUCUACAACGAAGACAUUCGCGACCUCCUCGGCGACGACUCGAAGCAAAAGCUAGAGCUCAAAGAAAGCGCCGACGGGGGCGUGUACGUCAAAGACCUCACCGAAGUCGUCGUGAGCGACGUGGCCAGCAUCAACCGUGUCAUGGCCCGUGGGUUCAAGAACCGCACGAUUGCCGCGACGCUCAUGAACGAAGGGUCGUCACGGUCGCACUCGAUCUUUACCAUUGUGGUUGAAAUCAGUGAGAAAGUCAACGGCGAGGAGCACUUUCGAGCGGGCAAGCUCAACCUUGUCGACUUGGCGGGGAGUGAGCGGCAGAGCAAGACGGGUGCGACGGGCGCGCGGCUCAAGGAAGGCUGCAAGAUCAACCUGAGUCUCUCUGCGCUUGGCAAUGUCAUCUCUGCAUUGGUGGACGGGAAAGGAAAACACAUUCCGUAUCGGGACUCGAAGCUCACGCGGCUGCUUCAAGAUUCGCUCGGUGGCAACACCAAGACUGUCAUGGUCGCCGCCAUUAGUCCUGCCGACUACAACUUUGACGAGACCCUCUCGACGCUCCGCUACGCCAACCGCGCCAAAAACAUCAAGAACAAACCGACGGUCAACGAAGACCCGAAAGACGCCAAAUUACGCGAAUACAAGACCGAGAUUGAGCAACUCAAGAUGCUUCUCGCCCAGCAAAAAGCAGUCACGCCGCCCGAUGCCACAUUUCGCCCGACGCCGCCGCCACGAGUUGAACGAUCACCGACGUCAUCGGCCUCCAUGACUCUUGAAGAAGAAGCGAAUUUGAUGGCCACCAACACUGACGGUGUCGCUGUACCGACGACGCCAUCGGGACGCGCGUUGCAGCUUCAGCGCAGCACGACCGAGCGUGAGGAAGCGCUCGCGGCCCAGUCCCAGGCGCUUCAUGAAUCACUGCAGCGGGAAAAAGAGGAAAUGCAGCGCCAGCUCCGGCUCGAGCAAGAAACCAUCGAGAAAGCCAAAGCCGACGCCGCCAGUAUGAUGGAAACGGCACAGAAGAUGAUGCUCGAGAUGCAAACGGUCGUGCGCCCAUCGUCGCAAGAGGUCGCCGAGGUCGAUCCCGACAUCGAAAAGAAGCGCGAAGAGGAUCAGCGGCGGUUCCGGGAGGCCGAAGACACGAAAGCCAAGGCGGCUGAUAUGAUGGCCAAGGCCGAGAAGCUCAUGGCCGAGGCCGUCGCGCGCACCGCGCAGCCGCCCAAGGUUAAAAUUGUCAAGGAAGUCGUCGAAGUCGUACGUGAAGUGGUGCCGGAGGGCCAUCUCAAGGAGAAAGAGGCGCUGCAAGAGAUGAACCAAUCAAUUCAAAACCACCGCGAUCGUAUGGCCAAGGAGCUCGAACAAGCCCAGCUGGCCAUGCAACACCACGUGCGGGAGAAGAGCGAGCUCGCGUCCAAGCUGCAGAAAAUCGGAUCGCAAAUCUGUGGCAAGCACGACUCGCCCGCGGACGCGGAAAUCGCGCUCUUAAAACAGCAGGUCGAAUACCGACGGGCGCAAAUCAAACUCAAAAUGAAAAAGAAAAAAGAAACCCAAUUGGAAAUUGCUCAAAUGGCGCUCCAAGCCGAGAAGGCCACUGUCGAGGACGAGCUCAAGAGCGCGCAGGAGCAAGUACAAGCCAACUCGGCGCUGCACAAAAAGAAACAGCUUAAAUACAAGGCCAAGCUCGAGGCGGCGCGCGAAGAAAUCAUUGACCAACAAGCCGACUUUGCCCGCGAGCGCGACAGCCUCAUGGACACGAUACGUCAACAGACACGCGAGGUCAAGCUCAUGGAGCAGCUCGUUGAGCUUUUCUUGCCCCAGAACGAGCUUGUAAAAGUCUGGGACAAGGCCAUCUGGCUCGACGACAAGGAAGAGUGGCAGCUGCCCCGCAUCAAGCCGCGAAGCGACUUUACCAGCAUGAAGCUGCCGACGUUGGGCGGCGGCGCGUUCACGCCCAUUGACCGCCCGAUCACAGGUGGUGAAGUCGGCGGCGCCGAGGUGUGUGACGGCACCGCCGCGCUCAGCAAUCGGUCGAGCAAGUCGCGCAACAAGACCACUCGGCGCACGACCGAGGUUCCUUCAAGUCGAGGCGACGAGUCGUCCGGCGGCUUGACGCUGCUGCCGUUGGCCGACUUGAGUCGGUCGGUCAAGCUGCCGAGUGCCCUCAAAACGACGCCGAACGAUAUCAAGGGGGACGAUGGGACGCCAAAGCGGUCGUCCAAGUCCAAGCGAGAAAAACGGUCGUCCAAGCACCGCCAUCGCGAGGAUGGGGAGAGCCCCAACAACGGCCUCGGGCAAUCGUUAGAGCCGCUGCUCGUGCACACUGACGAAGCCCGAACGGCGUCGACCGAGCUUGUGUACCCAUUGGCCGGCGAAGAGCACACGGACGACUACCUCCCUCGGGACCGCCUCCAGUCGCGCCAAGGCUCACGCCAAGGCCGACGAACCACGGACUCGAAGACGUCGGGCUUGGGCGAGACGGAAGAUAGACCCUCUCGCCGGCGUCGCAAGUCACUUCCCAAAGCCGGCGACGAAAUCGACGACGUCGACAAGGCAAUCGUGUCGACCAAGAAAAAGAAGAAACGCAAGUCGAUGGUGGCCACCGAGCUCCUUGCGCCGCCGUCGCCCGAAGAUCCCGAUUACGACGACGUGCUUGGUGAAGUCUUCUCGAGUGGCGCGUACCCAUAG